CACGAAACAGGACGGAGCUAGCUAGUACGGUACGUAGUAAAACAAAAACUGAUCUCGAGGCGUCUGCAAACUGCUCAAACAGUAUUACUAGUAUUUAUUUUUUACUACUGUCUCUGGGUUGGGUCGGAUUCGUUCCUUCGAAAAAGUAGUGGACAAGCUUGCCAUACCGUACGACCACUGACGGAAAACGGUUCUACGGAACAACAACCACCACAACAUGACACGAGAUUCAUCGACCACCGGCCCAACAGAGGAAAAGAAGGAUACCAAAUGGACGGAUUCCCAGAUCCGAUGGCUGGAUGACAAAGUGCCCGGGGAAGAAGACGACACCAACGCGUCGGACGACGACGAGGAGGACGAAAUGCCGUUCGACCCGUUUGCCGAUCCGGACCCAACGGAAGUCUUCCGGUUCCGAUUUGUUGCCAAGACGCAAAAGGGCCGCAAGUCUUCCGCCCCGGGGACAGCAAUCGAAGCAGCAGGGAGCAGCGAUGACGGCACCGAAUCCAUUAAUCUGAACAUUCACGGCUACAAAACCGGGUCCGACGCUGUUUGGCAAUCGACGGGCCUAACACUGUGGAAGGCGUCGACAUAUCUUUGUGAUUACAUGGUGGAGCACGUCGACGAACUUUGUGGCGAACGAGUUCUCGAAGUAAGUAUGCAAUUCAUCCAGGUGCUGCGCCGUGCGAUUCGAUGCAAUCUAGUAAAGUACCGCACUGCAUUGCAGGAACAAAUGAUACAAAUCCAUGGUUGCGAACCUCGGACCGUUCACCGACAGUAAUUGGAUCAAACCUAACAACUUGGUGCCAUUCGUUCCUGUGGUCUCUCGAUAGCUUGGGGCGGGGCUUGGUCUGAACGGCCUUCUCGCCCACCGUCUCUCUGCCGAAUCGGUCGUCAUCACGGACGGUGACAGCGAUGCCAUGAAAGAAUUGCGGAAGAACAUUCGGGUGAAUCGACGAGUUGCCCCACAAACCGGGGACAAAUGCAACGACGAUGCACACCAAGGCCAACAACACGAAGCUGUUUCUGCGGAGCAAUUGAUAUGGGGCAAGGAAUCGGCCGAGACGUUUCUAGAGAGCAUCGCCCAAACGGCGGGUUCAUCCGUGUCGUCCUCGCAAUUUUCGGUCAUCAUUGCUUCUGAUAUAAUCUAUGCUGCCGUUGUGAUCGAUCCGCUCUGGGAAACAGUGCGGACGCUUUUGAGGUAUCCAAACGGACAAUUCUGGAUGGCCUUCGCAGUGCGGAAGGUACCAGUAACAAUAGAUUUCGUCUUGAACAAGGCAGAAGAAUAUGGCUUUCGAUACGAAUUGGUAGAUUCGCAGGUAGACGGGCACGAUGAUAGUGACGACAUUGCUGAGGGAGACUCCGAGACUGGUAGGGUUUUCAUCUACAGGUUUUCUUGGGAUGAGACGAAAGCAGACAGAGACAGGAUAUGUGUUGGCGUAAAAGAAACCUAGGGGUCGUAUUAGCAAGCGAAAUUACGGUUUGUCUUUACUUUGAAUCUUCUUUUCUCGCCAAAGCCGACCCAGUUCUUUCAUAACCUCAGCUUGAGUGGUACUUGGUUUGAUUUUGAUGAGCUGUUCUCUGACGGUUUUUGAGUGUUCUUUCACAAAGAGAUUGUACGCAGACGGUUGAGCUCGCUUCUUUGGCACACCGUCGGGAGUGGUCUCGAUUAGUUCACUUUUGCAUAGCCCGCAUCGGUGGCGUAUUACAUCAACGCUUCUACUGUGUCUCCCAACUGUGAAAGUGCAACUUCGAUUCACACAUUUCCAAUUGAACUUGUAUUGGAUCACAUAGUCGUGAGUGGUUGUAACAAUGACAUCAGGAAUUUUCGACAUGGCGAUUUUCGCCCAACGUUUGAAGUCGGCACCGUGUGGAGGUUUGCUGACACCAUCCAAUAUCCAUACGGCUGCAUGAACAAGCUCGUGAAGGAGCGUCGAGCGAAGCUUUUCUUCUUCGUCAACCACUUUUGUGCUGAGUUCAAUGACUGCAUGUCGUUUCAGCGGUAAACCCGGUGUCAUAUCGACGGAAAUUUUCUUUAAUCUCGUCAAUCCAGCGGUGGUGUUAAGUUUGUUCGACCAUCGAACUUCUACUUUACCGAGCUUUCCCCCGAAUGCAUUUUGAUUGAACUCGUUGAACGCAUUCUUCAAUAUACGAUCCCGAUGCCUUCGGAAUGCCGCUUUCGAUUUGACUCUACUCCGUUGUUCCUCGAUCCGUAAAGCAACAAAUUGCUCUUCCUCAUCUUCGUCAGAUAGUGUGAAGUCGGUUUCGUCGCCACUACUGUCACAAAGAUCUAUAGUGGCACUGACCCUUCGAUUUUCGACUUGAUUUGUAGUAACCGAGUUUACUCGAAGAGUCUGCUGCAACGAAUCACUAUCAGGAAUCCAUUCGGCGUCGUCUUCGCUGCUGUCGCCAUCGACACUCUCAAUCUCUGCAUCCCGCUCAUCAUCGUCCUCAUCUUCUCCACAUAAAUCAUAAAUCACAAUCCCCUUCGAGGGAUUACUGGUAGUGUUGACAAAGGAUUGCGUACCAAAACGAGGACAUUCAUUGGCACCGACAGUCGGGCCACUUUCUUCGAUCUUCUUCUCGUUGUCCUUUGUAUUGGUAGCUUCUAGCUUUCCAAUUUUGUCUGACGAAUCAUUUUCAACUUGGUUGUGAUCGACGUUGUCGUUGAUAACUGAUACUUUCCGCAUGAAAGUUCUUUCUAUAUCACUCUUAUCACUCUCUUCGCGUCCGAGUUCUUCUGCUGUUUCAUACACUGAUACGACACCCACCUUAUCGAGCUCAGUCAGAAUUUCUGUGUUAACGCCUAAACUGUUGGGCUUGUCUUCGACAGGAUUGCUUUUUUCCUGCUUUGCAUUCUGGACAGAUAAUUCUUUGGUUGACACCUCUUUGGAAUUGUUCUCCUUUCUCUGAUCGCUACAGUUGGAAAUAAAAUAUCCUUCUGUUGGUGAAUUGCAAUCGCACUUGCAUUUCUGGCCAUGUGGUGCAAUAUUGAUGUCGACGGCAUCUCUCUUUUCGGUCCCCUCAUCAAAAUUCAAAGUGCGACCAGAUUGAUCUGGUACUGUGGGUACAGAAAAGUUAGAGGGACUAAUGCCAACAUAAUUUUCAUCUAACAUAGUAGAUUGUGUCUCCCCCCUCUUCUCGCGAGCCAUGCGUCGCCAUAGCGAUCCGUAUUUUGGUAAGUAAUCUUUUUGAAAUCGUGCCUUUAUCUUCUCGACGCUCGCUUCUCCAUCCUCAUUGAUUCCUACGAUACUGUUGGUGAUGUCCUCACGUCCAUCAGGAUCCUUGUUUAUGUCCCGUAAUAAUAAUGGGAUUCCGUUCUUCGUCUUCAUCUUUACGGUCGUUCUGUUGACCUCUCAGAUGUUUGACUGAGGUGAUGACGUAGUAAGAAAGGACAAUAUUAUGAUGAGAACCAUACUGUAUGUUGUGUUUUGGUCGAAAUUUACUUAAAAGAUGAGUCUCGGGAAAGAGAAAUUACGAAGCUCAAAAAAUUUUGAAAAUGGAGAUACGGAUAAAAUAACGGUCAGUUC